AUGCGUUCAAUCUACAACGACGAGUUGCUCGAGGUUCCAAAGGGUGUAAACGUAGACAUCAAGUCCCGUGUUAUCACCGCUGAAGGUCCACGUGGUAAGCUUACCAAGGUCGUCCGUCACAUCAACAUGGACCUUCGCCUUGAGAAAGUUGGUGAAAAGGAAGACCACUCAGCAAUUGUCAAGAUUGUCGUUUGGCACGGUGGCCGUAAGCACAUUGCUUGCUUGCGUACCGUCAAAUCCCUCAUCCUCAACAUGAUCAAGGGUGUCACUAAGGGUUUCUUAUACAGAAUGCGUGCCGUUUACGCGCACUUUCCAAUCAACAUCAUCAUCCAAGACGGUGGAAAGGCUGUUGAAAUCCGUAACUUCUUAGGUGAAAAGGCUGUCAGAAAUGUUAAGAUGUCCGAAGGUGUUACAAUUGAAGAAUCACAAACUCAAAAAGAUGAGAUCAUUUUAACUGGUAACGACAUCCAAAAUGUCUCACAAUCAGCAGCAGCUAUCCAAGGUAUUUGCCGUGUCCGUAACAAGGAUAUCCGUAAGUUCUUGGAUGGUGUUUACGUUUCAUCAAAGGAACAAGUCGUUCAAGACGAGUAA